AUGACGUCCGCUGUAUUCAAAUUACCAGGUGUUGCGUUCAUCACGGGAGCAGGCGGCACUGGUAUCGGGGUAGCUGUCGCGAAAGCCUUCGCACGGUCGGGGUGCUCAAGACUAGCCAUCACGGAUAUCAAGUCACUGGCGCAGACCCGCGAUGCCGUAUUGGCCAUCAGCCCCAAAGCACAAGUCCUGUCGCGUGAGGGCGACAUCGCCGACGAGUCCUUCGUGACAUCGUUCGCUGCAGAUAUCACGAACAAGUUCUCCCGGCUGGACUAUGCCGUCAGCUGUGCAGGUGUGUUGGGCGAGUCCCUCCGUUCACACGAGACGCCGAUGUCUGCGUUUGACCGGGUCACGAAUGUCAAUUACAAGCGGACCUGGCUCUCAUCCCGGGCUGCGCUGUCGCAGAUGGUCAAGCAGGAGCCUCUGGAUGGCUCGAAGCAGAGGGGUGCGGUCGUGAAUAUUGCGAGCCAGCUGGGAAUCGUCGCGAGACCAACAGCCGGUGAGUCUUCAAAGUCUGAGCCGCCUCCCGUGGACAAUUGCUUGCAUUGGGAAGCACCGUAUUGCGCCUCGAAAGCUGCGAUCGUUAACAUGACGCGGUCCGACGCCAUUGAUUACUCGCGCGACGGGAUUAGGGUGAACUGCGUAUGCCCAGGUGUCAUAGAGACUCCAAUGACGACUGGCUCGCCAGAGGUCACAGAGAGACUGAGGCCGGCAAUUGCCAUUGCGCCUAUGCAGAGGAUGGGAACGGCAGAUGAGGUCGCGGAUGCUGCGUUGUUCUUGUGCUCGAGCCAGUCGAGCUUCAUCCAGGGCCAUGCGUUGGUUGUAGAUGGCGGGUAUAUUAUAAACUAG